AGUGGCCGCCGAUCAAGUUGUUCUGCAAAACUUUCCAUACACAUCGCAUUAUAUGUACACACAGCCGUCAGAUUAGUUGACCCACAAGCAACAACAACUGAACCGCAGAACCAUGCUGUCACGGAACUGGCGACUCGGCCGGGGAUUUGUUAAUUACGGAGUUUGCCGGCAGAGCUUGAGAAACUUUGCAGCCGCUGGCGAUAAAAACAAAGGCCCCGAUAAUGCCAGCGCUGCGGACGAACGGCACCCCCUACAUGGCAUCCGGAUUUUGGACCUAUCGCGCAUAAUCGCCGGUCCCUAUUGCACCAUGGUGCUGGCCGAUCUAGGGGCGGAGGUCAUCAAGGUGGAGCGCCCCCAUUUUGGCGACGAGGCUCGCAAGUGGGGUCCACCUUUCCUGGAGAACAGCAAAGAUGCCGCCUACUUCCUGGCCCCCAAUCGCAACAAGCGGAGCAUCUGCAUCGACAUUAAGAGAGGCACUAAGCUCCUCCACAAGCUGGCCGAGAUUAGCGAUGUGCUGGUGGAGAACUAUGUGCCUGGUACUUUGGAGCGCUAUAAUUUGGGCUACGAACAGCUGAGGAAGGUCAACCCCAAGCUUAUCUAUUGCUCUAUGACGGGCUACGGCUCCGUGGGUCCGUAUGCCAAGCGACCGGGCUACGAUGUGAUUGCCUCCUCGGUGGGUGGGCUGAUGCACAUCACCGGCGAGCGGGAUGGACCGCCCAGCAAGGUGGGCGUGGCCGUGACGGACAUGUCCACAGGGCUCUACGCCCAUGGCGCCAUUCUGGCAGCGCUCUACCAAAGGACCCGCACUCAGCGUGGCCAGAAGAUCGAGGUGGACCUGCUGUCCACCUGCUGCUCCCUGUUGCUGAACGUGGGCAGCAACUAUCUAAACUCCGGAGUCGAAGCAGGAAGGAUGGGCACUGCCCACUCGAGCAUAGUUCCUUACCAGAGCUUCAAGACCAAGGAUGGCUAUCUCACCCUGGGCACUGGCAGUGAUGUUCAGUUCGAGGAUCUGUGUCGUCGCCUGAAGGUGGAACACUUGCCGCAGGAUCCCAAGUUCAAGACCAACAAGGAUCGAGUCAUAAAUCGGAAGGAGCUAAUUGGUUUCCUGGAGGAAAUGCUAGCUGGGAACACCUCCCGCAACUGGAUGAAGCUCUUCGAGGGCGCCUCCUUUCCCGUGGGACCUGUGAACUCCAUUCCCGAGGUUUUCGAGGACGAGCACAUCAAGGCCAUCGGCCUGGUUAAGAGCCUGCGGCAUCCGAAGGACGGAACCGUUAAGGUGGUGGGUCCUCCAGUGGUCUUUAGCGAAGCGCGGAACGAUGCCCGGACAGCUCCUCCGACUCUGGGACAGCACACGGAUGAAGUGCUGGGGGAACUAUUGGGCUUUGGGCCGGAGGAACUUGCCGAGCUGAAGAAGGAAAACAUUAUUCAGUGAAUGCAGAUCAUUAUCCUGAUUCUCAGAGUUUUAGAUCCUAAGUUUUACGAGGAAAUAUUUUAGUGAUAACCGUGCAUUUAUCGUAAAGUCUUUUACAAUCAUAGAGCGAUAUGUAAAUUUAGCAAAUGAUGUUUAACUAUACCAAAUACAUCCCAUUUUUAAUGCAAA